CUCCUCAACCCGCUGCCCAUGGCCGUCUCCAGCCGCGGCAACGCAGAGGCCCUGGUCGCGCUGCUCGUCCUCGCCACCCUGUACUUCUUGGAGGGGGGGAGUGUAGGAAAGGCCGCGCUCUGCUACGGGCUGGCUGUGCACGUGAAAAUAUACCCCCUGACAUACGCGCUGCCCAUAGCGCUCCACCUGCAGAGCAGACGGGGCGGCGGGGAACGGCCGGCGGCUGCGUGGUGUGACAAAAAAGAGAACUUUACUUUCGUAGCACGCCUCUGGCGGGUUUUUGUAAAGAUGCUGAACCGUGAUGUGCUGAUUUUUGGAACGGUUGCUGGAUCUGUGCUGGCUGCCUUGACGGCUGCAUUUUACCAUCUCUAUGGCUGGGAGUUUUUGGAGCAUGCCUACCUCUACCACCUGACCAGGAGGGAUACCCGCCAUAAUUUCUCUCCCUAUUUCUACAUGUUGUAUCUAACUGCAGAGAGCAAAUGGAGUUUUGCCCUUGGACUUGCAGCUUUUCUGCCCCAGCUAGUUUUGCUCCUGGUUGUGUCCAUAGCAUUUUACAGAGACCUUGCCUUCUGUUGUUUCCUACAUACCUCUAUUUUUGUGAGCUUUAACAAAGUAUGCACGUCCCAGUACUUUGUCUGGUAUCUCUGCCUUUUGCCCCUCAUAAUGCCUAGUGUUAAGAUGUCCUGGCGUCGUGGUGUGCUGCUUCUCUUUCUGUGGUUUGUUGGACAAGGCCUAUGGCUUGCUCCUGCGUACUUUCUGGAGUUCAAAGGCUAUAACACUUUUUUAUUUAUAUGGUUGGCAGGCUUACUUUUCCUUUUUAUUAAUAGCCUCAUAAUUGUUCAGAUAAUUUCACAUUAUCAAAAAGAAGCACAAGUUGCAAAAAACCUCAAACAACGGUAAUAAACAGGCCAAAACCUAGAAACAGCUCUACUGUCUUCACUGAGGCUUUUCAUACCACCAGCACUUUGUUUAAUGUAAAUGCGUGUACAUGGUACUAAAGUAUGUUGUAUGGAAAUGAUACUCUUUCAGGGCUGUGGGGGCACUGACCAGCCUUAAGUGCCUUAAGCAGUAUCUGCAGGUGUACCUGUCUCCCACGUUGACCUUGAAACUGCCUUGUAACCUUCUCUUCAGCCCUGCAUCCUGCUACUCCUGACUGGACCAGUUCAUCACUUCCCAUAUGUGGGGCUGUGAGUGGACUCUGUUACCAGCACCCGUGUCCACCUGCUGCCUCCAGACACAGCGUGACUGUGCCCUGGUCAGCGAGAAUAUAGCCUGUGCUGGGGUCACCAUCGGCUCCUGAUUGUACCCUCUCAUCUUCUUGCUCCCUGGCACCCUUUUUCUUAUUGUUGCUUUAUUUGAUGAGAACUGUGGCGUCUGUCUAGGAAGACACAGGUGAUUAUAAAAGGAUGUUGGAGUUUGGCAGUCUUGUACAUUGCAGUAGGUGGGCGGGGUGUUUUGCAAGGGUUAAGCUAAUGAACGAAUAUAAGGCAAUUGCUUAAUAUGCACACGCAUUUUUUCUUUUCAUAGCAGCGUUUUAGCUAUAUGGUCUUUGUGGCCUGUACCUGGUCUUUCUUGAACAAAGCGAGAAAAAAGUGGUUAUUUCAUACAAGUCAUUAACUUCUUGAAACAAUUUCUUUUAGAAUUCAGAUAUGCCUGCUCAUUCAGAUACUUAUUUUUGCCUUCUCAGUAUGGUUUGAAUUUUUGAACAGAUUUGUUCCCCUUGCCAUGGAGGAAGACUUUUCCAAAUACCUGUCUUGGGUCAGAGAGAUGUAUAAGGCAAAAAUAUUUGUGUUCCUUACUGCUACAAUGUAGAAAAGAGGCCACUACUUUAAACUGCAGUUAAUUAAUAGUUAUUGUGGAUGUUAGCAAAUGCAAAGAGGCAAAGUACAGCUAGAAAGGCACCUGCAUCCCAAAAGCACUAGAGUUUAUACCAAAAAAGUAAUUGGAAAUGUAGUUUCUCAGUAGCUUAAUAUCUCUACUACUUAAAAUAAAUGAAAAAGAAGUUGAGGAAGUGGAGCAGUUGCCAGAAGAAAAGGAAAGUUUUAAAAUAGGAAGCUCUACAACCUGUCAAAAUGAGGUAUUUAUUCCCAGAUAAGACUGAGAAGAUGUGGAAUUGAGUGUCAGGUGGUAGUGAGAGAAGUUCAGAGCCAUUUCGAAGUCAACACUCUAAAGAACAUCCUACGAGAGGUCUGGUGUACACAGCCCUUGACAGAGGUGGAAACUAGCAAUGUAUUUUUUUAAUAAAAUUUUGAGUUUAAAUAAGUUUGGCAUAUGUCAAAUUUAAGAAUUUUCAUAUUUGCCUCAGCUUUUAUUUACAUCCUAAUGGGAAAGUGAAGCCCUUGGUGUAUAACGUGGAGCAGAGCUUCAGGCCAAAAUAACCACUCGGUGGGUUUCCCAGUGUUGUCAGUGGGAAAGGAUGUAGCCAAGCGGGUUUGCCUUCCAGGUUCAUUCUUGCCAUGCUGCCUCUGUGAAUCGUGCGGUUUCCUGAGGCAGCCCACUUCCCCAGUGCUGCAGUGGCUCCCUGCUUUCUUAUGCACAGGGUUUUCUUUCCUGGUUGUAGCUCUACCUUGUGAGGCUGAACUGCAGUGUUCUGAUCUGUGAAUUUUUCAUGUUGCUUCUGGUCCCCACUGAGGUGGUUAUGUGAAAGGAGAGGAAGCCUCUGAGCCCCAACAGUCCAGAGCCAAAGGGGGCAUUACCAGGAGGUGUGACAACGUCCUUACACAGUUUUGGCCUAGUUCAGCUGUUAGGAGGAAGGAUAAUUUCCCCAUGCAGCACCGUGGGGGGUGAUUCUGCUCCCCUGCUGGAAGGCAUUCUGGUUUUCCCUGCCAGUCUGCACUCACACUCGCCUUCGCAUUGGGAAGAUCCUGCCAGCCUCUUCUUUGGAAAUCCAGAAAUUCGAUAAGGCAAUGAAUAUAUUUUUGACAAACUCUUUUGGUUUUUCAGGCAGGUCAUACAGAUGUGGCACUAAUUUCCUUCCCCUGGUUCAGCCUGGGUUGAAGAGGGAAGGAGGAAAGACUUCUCUAGCACCAGCUUGUUGCCCUCUUCCACAGGAGGUUUAUCAGUCAAAAGACUGGUGGCACAAGUCGCUUUCAGACAUGAUUUAGUUUUAUAUUAAUCACCAAAACAUUUUGUAUGUGUUUUGAGUGUAUGAAGAGACAUUGUUCUGUGUGGUUUUAUUUUCCGAGUCAGAGCUUGAUAUGCCCAGUUAGUGUGUCACCAGAAGACCGAAGAGGCUGUUCUGUGCCAAUACCUCUAUUUGCCCCAUCCCAGCAUGAAGGCAAUAGCUCAUUUUCCCUUGCGACUGAUCUAUUACUCAUUAUACAUUUUUCUGUUGCAAAUAGCAUGUUUUCUUCCCCUAAAAUGAUGUUUCAUAUUUCUUUAAGAGACUUAAUUAUGCUGUUCCCAGAUCUUUGCACUCCCUUAUUUUUUUCCUCCUGUUGGCAAAGAAAGCAAAUGAAAGCCAAAAGGUGUUUCCACCUACAAAACCCUUUUUUUUAAAAGAAAUGUAUUUUGAGUUACUGUAUUCAUGACAGGAAUAUAAUGGGGUUUAGGUGGAAAGUAAUUUCCUUAUGAAAAAUACAUUCUCGAUUCAUUAACAGCUAAAUCAUUUUGAGGCCUUCAGAAGACAAGUUCUGCAGCAACAGAGACUGAAGACUACCAUCCCCUUGCAGGUCAAUAUCAGCCCUUCAGCGAUGAUUUGAUAAAGUCAUGCAUAAAUAAGUUAUAAAAAGGCUUUAUAUAAGCUCAGAUUUACAGUCACAAAUUUAGUAAUCCAGUAUGAGUUCCUCUUUUUACAGUUGUUGUUUUGUAAGCUAGUCACCAAAAUGUGUUUGGGAUUUAGAAGUAAUUCACUGACUCAUAAAAAGCUGGAUGGGAGAAAUGAACUGAAAGACGAACAGGAGAGAUAAUUUGAGUUUAGUUCUUGCAAAUCGCUUUAGAUAGUUAAGUGGAAUUGAAUAACUAUUCACUGAUAGCAUUAAAUCAAAAUAAUUGUAGUUGAGUGCAGAACAGGUUAUAAUUCAUGAACAAGUCAUGGUGAUUCAUUAUAAUGCUCUUAAAAUUUACCAAAUUAAUUUCCUAUGGAACAUUCAUUGCUUUUGAUGGUGUUCAUAUUCUUUUGCUUAAUAAUAAUUUUAUGUUCAUUUAUCAUCUGGUAAUUAGGAACUGAACCAGAAUUUCCUAAUUCUGGAAAUUAGGAACUCUGUAUGCUAGCUUUCGUUCCCUACCUGGGUUGCAAAAUUGCUUUAUAAAAAGUUGAUGUUCCCAAUGAAAUGUGUCUCAUUUGCACACAUUUUUCACACUGCACUGAAACCAGCCCUGCAGUGCAAAGUGCAAGAUGUGAAAGAUGAAGUGAAAAGAAGUACCAAGACAAAAAACAUUUUUGCCUUGCUUUUUAUACCACAGCCUAUAGUCCAAAGGCUCCUGGCUGGACUUCUGUCAUAGCUUCAGCAUCUAACAAUGAUUUGCUGUAAAAUUUAUAAAAGGAAUUACUCAAAUAACAAGGUAAACAAAAAUACAAUAACAAGUGUUUAAGUUUUAGUAUGAGCAUGCUGUAUUACCAUCUCUGACAGAAUAACCAUGUACUUGGUCCUUAUUAAGUAACUGCCCUGUCUGUGUUACUAGCAUUGUAUUGACUCCUGUAAUAGUAAAGGCAGCAAUUAUGUGCUCUGAACUGAGCUUUCUCAAAGAAACCCUUGAAGCUUCUAUAUUUAACAGCAGGGUGAAACUCCAGCAUUUUUCCUAAGGUUUUAUAGAGAAAGCAAAUGUUUGAGCAAAUUGUGCCCCUUUUUUAGCUGAGAAUAAUGAGGCGUGUAUUUUAAAAGGGCUGCAGAAAUACAUAGUGAACACAUGGAACUCAAAAAGUAUGUAUUUCCCAAAGACAGCUGCAGGAUGCAUACCCUACUGAUAGCAUCAUUAUGGAAUAGGAUUAUCCUGAAUUUAGGACAAACCCCUUAGACUGAAACCCAAACACUCAUGCAACUUUCUUGCUUAAGGGCAUGUUUAUGUGCAUCAUAUACACAAACCUAAACAUUUACUUGCACGAUACAGAAGCAAAGAGUCCCAGUCAAGUGACCUUCGAAUAACAUGAUUUUUCAGAGCUGCCCUGUGUAAAACAGGUUUUUUAAGUGUUUCCUAUAUUCAGUACUCAGAAUCUCUUAGUGACUUUAAAACUUGAAUCCCAUAAAUUUUGAUGCAUAUAGAAAGUAAAACCUAUGCAGCAGGGAUCUUGAGUUGUAACAGAUGUGUUCAAAAACCAAGUAAUUCUGACUAUAUUUGAAGGUACACAUUCCACCAGUGUCCUGAUGUUCUUCAUUACAGCAGUCUGCACUGGUCACAUUGUUGGUGUAGGAGUCUUUAUGCAUGAUAAUUGAGGUCAGAGACCUAUAUUUUUUAUGAAGUAAAAAUAUCAGAAAGUUAAUGAAGCAGUACCAUUUGUUUUUGUUUUUUUUUAAAUCACUUUUCUGUAAGUACCUUAAAAAAGCCAUGCAAUAGAUCAAUGCAAUCCAUGCAUUUUUUAAUGACUUUUAAGUCUCUUUUUCAUUGGACACUAUCCAGUAUAUACAAAGAAGACCAACAUUUGACAGUUUUUAAUGCUAUAAUAGUAUCUUGAUUCAGCAGGAUUCCUCAUGACUCUAGCAUGUGCUGAGGCAGGCAUGGGUUUCUGCAGAAACAAGAGGUUGCUUAUUGGAGGCAAUCUUAAUGUGUAAAUAAACCUUUAGCUUCAGCCUCUUCAUAUUCUUAGAGCUUAACUUUGAGCCUUUAACAUUCUCUUCAGACAAAACAUUUCAUAGCUUGCACAUAAAGACAUGACAGCUAAGAGAUCCUCACUAUUUCCUAUGGAAAUUGUGGGGAAGCAAGCUAGAAAAUCUGAAAGAAAUAUCUAAAGGAAAUGUGUGUAUCUGAUCAUGUAUGAAGACAGAACUUCAGCCUUGGAAAUGAGCUAAAAUGCAGACAACUCGAACAGUAAGUCCGUACUGUGAAACCUGCAUUAUUUCUAUGAAGGGUAUUCUAUCAAGUGUGCUUUCCAUUUUCACAGGAGGAAAAUGGGAUCUUGGUAGCAAUUGUCAGUCUGGAUGAACAUAACUUUGCUUCCUUCACAUUAUCAUAAGCGGGUCUGUAGGAUGUUGCAUCAUACAGUAGCACUUGUGGAGUUGUACAGGUGUGACUUGUAUAAGCUGUUAAUAGGCAAUAUUGUUGGUGUAGCAAGAGAGUAUUAGUGAGCAGUCACUCUGAAACUGCUUUAUGAAAGUUAAUUCAAGUAAAAUCUGAUUUCUGCUUCACAAGUCAGCAGCUGUGCUAAUAGAGAUGGUAGUGUUUUGACAGUAAUUUUCCACGGAGAGCUGCACUCUGUGGCCCAUAUGCUUCCAUUCUGUGCAAAAGAACAUUAAUUCAAAUCCCCUGGUGAUCUGACAGUCAACAUUUUUUUAAUCUAUCCCAUGUCCCUCCCACUGAUCCAAUAGAUUAAAUUAGCCAGAAAGCAGGUUUAGAAAAUGAAGUGGAAAACAAAGUAUGAUUGCCCUUCCUUUAUUUUUCUACUAUGUAGUGUGAAUAUGUUGAAUAAUUAAGAUUACCUUUUGGAACACAGCCCCGUUUGAGCUAGGUGUUAGAAUAUUUCAUUAAUACAAGGUGUUUCACCUAAAAGCACCUGAAGGAAUAUUGACUGAAUGGGCUUUUGUCAAAUGAUAGUAAAACUACUGAUAGUUUAUGUCAGCUUCAAUAUUGGUACUCUUUUGCCAUAUCUUUUCAUUAUUACAACAAUAUAACAACUCAAAAUUUAACCAAAAAUAGCCAUACUUGUAAAUUCUAGUUUCCAGCUUCCCUUACUCAAAGAGUUUGGAGGAUACACAUAGCCAUAAACUCAGUAAAGGAGAACAAAUGCUAUAUCUCAUAGCAUUAAUAAUGAAUAAUUAUUUUUUCCCACAGCUGACAUCUUUCUGAAGAAAGUAGUACCUUUAUUUUUUUUUAUGCACAGUCUGGAAUUUCACAUGAGUAACAAGUACUUCUCCACCUUAAAAGUGUCAGAUGUAUUUGAAAAUAGAUUUUAAUUACCAUUAGCACUUCCAAGUUUAGUGCUGGCAACAACCACCUUGUUAAUUCUAGCAGUACAGGAACUGAAGUCAUGACCAAUUUUCCUUCAUGCUCUAAUAAACUGGUUGAUUAAGUAUAAGAAAGUUUGUUGCUGGAAGUGAACCAAAUGUUGUUUGUUCACUGGAAAGAAAUGCUGCAUGGCUAGGGCCAAAAUUUACAUGUGCAAGACAGAGUGAAGUGAUCAAGAAAUAAGGGCAAAAGUGAGACCCUGGAGACCUUGACUUGAUUCUGCCACUAAUUUAUCAGUGAUUUCAGUUUGCUAUGCUGUUUGCCUCUGCCACUUUUGAAUGCUUGAUCCAUUUAAAUGACAACUUAUUCAAGCCAAGAUGUGUCUCCUCAUCCAUUCCUGUAACAUGGUGCCAUGAAGUGAUUGCAGUCUUGUUUGAAACAGUUAUGAGCCUGAUUGUUAGUAAACGAUAAACACUUAACAAAAGACGUUUUGAUUAAAACAAUAUUCAAAAUACUUUUUUUUUUUUUUGCAUAUAUUUAAACCUUUUCUGCAGAAUAUGUUAAGUUCUCAUAUGCAUUCCAGCAUUGCAUUUGUAUGAGAGGGUGGACUACUGCUGAAGCUAAAAGAAGAUCUGGAAGCAGAUUAACAGCACUCAUGGUAAAAAAGCUAAACAAUUAAGAAAAAUCAUUUAGAAAAUUCUAGUGUAGUUGAUAUCUCAAGUAAGUAAGAUUUUACUAUUAGUCGUCUGCUUAGAUUAUAUUGGAAGUUCAUACUGAAAAUUAGGGAAAUGAAACCUCAGGCAGUUCUGCAGCUGGUAUAAAUAGUUACUGUUGCCUCAGAUAUGAGAAAUAAUGGCUGGAGAACUGUUUCUGUGUAUUCAUGAAGCAUCCUAUAUAUUAUGAUGUUAUCCAAGAAAAAGUUACUAGUUGUGUGGCACUAUAAAGGCAAAUUACAAUUCUGUGUUCAGAUACAGGUGAAACAAUGAAUUCUUUCACCUUGGUCUUUCUCCAAAGCUUUCAUUAAAAGAUGCGCAGAUUACCAAAAUUAAAUCCAGACCAGAUGUGCUGUGCCAGAAACAGUUACAGGGUGCUCUAAAUUUGCUUCAGCCUUCUAAGCUUCUCAAACAAGUGCAUGCUCAGUGUGGGAGACCGUAGGUGGUGGGAAUGCACAGAUGCAAACUUCCCCACAGCAUACCCAGAAGAGAUUUUUUCCAUGGUUCUUAAGGCACCCAGAUGUUGCCUUAAGCUAUACUAUAAUAGCAAUAUAUAUUUAUUCAUAUAUCUAUACAUAUCUUAAAGAUACAUAUAUAUCCUAUAUAAAUAUAUAUAUCCUCAUCUGUAAUAGUACAACAGCAAAUUCAGGGACUUCAUGCCCACCACAACUGGAUAAGCAUCUAAGGACAUAGGAAGUGGCCCCUUUUGGGUUACAGGGCCAUGUCAGGCCCUUUACCAGGACGUAUCAAUAGCCUGAGAGUGAAGGGGCAGAUAUGCCUCUUAGUAAAAUGGAUGAUGACAGCCACUAAUGUGUUACUUUAUAAUGUGGAAUCCCAAUUGCUUUUUAGCAGUGGAGUCUGGCAUGACCACAUAUGCAAAAUGAGAAGCAUGCAAGUAAGUGUGACUCAGAGCAAAAAGUCAUUUUCAUUGUAUUUAUUUCAUUUAUCAUGUGAGAUCUAGAAAAUGUUGAAAGUCUAGAAUUGUGUCAGUAGAGAAAACUGAUGUGGAGACUGAACAAUGUUUGAUCCUUCACUAAGAAGUAACUGACACCAGCCCCAGUUCCCUUGUUAUAUAUGUUCAGAGAAAAACCUCACACAUAAAAUGAACGAAUAUUCUCCUAAUUUUAGGGGCACAGAACGCUGAGGGUGUUAAAUUACAUGGCUAUGAAAACAACUGGACAAAUACACAGAAUAAAAAUUUGUCAAGGGCUAUUAAAUUAAAAACCACUUCUUCUCUGGUCUUGGGAAUUCACUAAACUGCAAAUCAUGGUAACCUAGGGAAGCAUUUCUGGGGAAAUCUCUCCUCUGUCUAGUUUUCCUAUGCAUCUGUUGGUGACCACAUUUGGAGAAGGAUACUGGUCAAAUCCAUGAUGGUUGUUCCUAGGUUGUUCCUAACCAUACAAGUGUCCCAGCAGAGCAUUCCCAUAACCAAGUAUGCUCAGUUACUUGUUUAUGCCCUUGCUUUUACACCACUUGAAGUUGUAUGUCAGAUAACAUCUUAGUUCUGGGCCUGUGCAUGUGCUUGCUCUGUUUUUCCAGAGUGGAUGGUACCAGAUUGUGCCAGUAAACCACAACUGCACUUUGUUUCUUUGCCAUUUCACAGAUGACAGCAGCUGGUGACAUCGAUAGAUGAGAAGGGGAGAAAAGAGAAAUCAAAACUGGCAAAGCAAAUCUGUAUGAUAAAAGAGAGGUGUUUUUAGCUGCCUAGGCAAUUAAAAAACAGGUAGAUUCAGACAGCUUAUUAGGCCAGCUCAACUCAAGCAUACCAAGCCCUUGCAGCUUGGCUGCCUCUCUUCUGAAAGUAAACCACAGCUUUCUUAUGGGACUUCACAUGUUCUCAAUGAGAUGGGGGAAGGAAGGAGUACAGGUAAAAACAAAUAAAUUGGCACAACUCCGGUUACCUGUACUGACGAUUUGUGUCAUUGAAAAAUAAAGAUUCAGACUCUAGCCAAAACUGUUUUCACAAAAAUCUUCUGUUUUAAUAAUAGUUUACCUUUAGCUCUAUUUAAGAUUUAGCUCUAUUUAAGAUAAUUAAUCUGUAGGUAAGAAAAAGUAGUGAUGGCUGCAGAAAAGAAGUGUGAUCUUUUACCAGAAAAUAAACGCUUUCUACAGACUACUGCAGUUGACAGGGCACAAGAUUAAAGAGUGGCAGAUUUUGUGUCUAAAACACUAUAUAAGCAAGUAAAGAGAAAUGGGCAACAUUCCAGGCAUAGCUGGUGAUGAGUGGCCUGGACUGACCCAUGCUGAGAAAUUAUUUUAUCUCAGAAAAUCAAGACAGGCAGAAAACAGCUGCUGUGUUGGAGAGGCUGGAGGUCUCAUCACACCUGGGCUCAUGGCAGCUGUCUUUAACAGGUCCUAGCUCCCCAAAGAGACUUUUCCUCCAGGUAUUGUGCACAUGCCUUGUUGGUCUCCUUCGCUCUGUCUACCCCCAGCAUGGCACCUGCUGUCUCAGAGGGAAAGCAGCAAUCAUAUUUUGUCCUGAUUCUCCCCAUCGCUUCCCAGUCAGAGCAGCUGAACAUGCCCUUGAAAUGUGACUUUGGACAAAAGGAAUUCUCUUAUGUUUCCAGUGUUUAAAUGAACGGAUUAAAAGAAAGCUCGCUACACAUCGUGUAGUUCAGAACUGCUCAUAUAUUGCAGUCCACUUGUGUGACUGCAGUCACUAAGGCAAUUCUUUACCAGCGAUACAAUUCCUACAUAAGUCCUGUCCAGGUAGACAUACAGACAUGUCUUGCAUUCAAUGUCUCUGUGUAGUUGUGGUCUUGAGGUCUCUGAACCUGGCAGCUAAUGUUAAUCUACUGUGAAAGACUGUCCUGCAGUUCUCUGUCAUUCGUUGGUUCUGAUUUUACAGUGGUUCUCUGAGAAUUCAAAGAAGGUGAAAGCUACUGAAAGCUUCCGUGCAAUCUGGAAUAGAUUAGUGUUGGACAAGUUUCUGCUUUUGUCUAAACCAGAUUCUUCCACUUAAUUAUUCUCAUACUAGCACAUUUUCUAGCAUUUCCUUGCAGGCAGGCUAACUCUGACAGCAUAUAGGUGCCAUGCUUGGCUCUUAUCAUGAUGGGAGCAGAGUUUGUUCUGCACUUCUGAGAGCCGCCUCAUCCCAGGUUCUGUGCGAACAGGUUAGAAGCCCAGCAAGAGACAUCAAAGGUAAACACUGUGGCUCACAAGAUAAUUGAAAAUGCCUUCUUUAAAGCCACUAGUUGUCAGUGACAUUUGCUGCACUUUGUCUCUUCGCUUCACACUCGCAUACUUUUGACUUCGAUUAUGCCUCUGCAGAAACAGAAGUGAACUUUUGUUACAGAGGCAUUACAGACAAUUUACAGUACCAUAUAAAAAUGUAUUUUUGUUGCAGUUCAUCAAAGCCAACACCAUAUUAAUUUAGCAGUUUGGAAAAAUUACAAGUAAUUUGAUCCUUAGUGUUGAUUAGUAGCUGAAAUUCUGUCAAAUUAAUCCUCAGGACAACAUAGGAGGUCUCGGCUGGGGACUUAGCUGAUUGAAAUUUGAGCAUUAUUUAGACCUGAAUUAAAGUGUAUUUGCAAAAACUGAGAAACUAAUACAAUUACAUCUUCUUGUCAAGCCAAGGUGUUAGAAGUAAUUCAGGUGCUUUGACUGCAGGCCAGAUCGAACAGUUUACAAAGGAAUCAUGCUGCAUUAGUCACUGAACAUACAUAGUGUUCAGCAACUUAAAGGUCAAAUAUAUUCAUGAGAACAUGUUAUCUUGUGUAUGUUUGGUCAAUGAAUAUGAAGAAACUGUCUGUUAGAGAAGAUCAGAAUAUUGAAAGAAAAAACAUGGCUCAAAUUUAGAUGGGCAAUGCGGAUGUUAUUCCAAUGCCAGAUUUCUACGAAGGAGUUUCAAGAACACUUAUGAAAACUAAAGGAUAUAUUUCAGCCUUGCGAAUUUAAAUAGGUACUAUGCUGCCAUACGGCAGAGCUGCUUUCAAAGCAAAUGCAGAGUUUUUGAUCUUCUGAGAGACCAGAUGGCAAAGAGGUUGGUAUCUAGAAGCUGUCACACCUAGCAGUCAGUUCUAUGGGACAGAAAGUCAUUUUAAUCUGAUAGCUUUUCAGUAGUUUAUAUAAAACACAAAUAAUGUGUGCAUUUAUUUCCCAAGCAAACAGAAAAAUAUGUAGUAAGAUCCUUGUAAUAAAUUAUACUUGUUCUUGUGCAGUCAAAAUUUGAUGCACCAGAAAUGUGAAUUAUCACUUUUCACAGGAAGUGAUCCUUCUAUCUUCAGGGACUUAUCAGCAACAGGUGUGUAUUGUGCAAACCUUCCUGUGACGUAGGAAAACCCAUACUGUAGCAGUGCUGAGCAAAUGCUUUCCAAAAGCAUUACAGCUACUUAAAACAAAUGCCUUUUACAUUUCUAGAGCAGGUGAGGAAGAACUGAGCACAACAUAAGAUAUCACCCAAACCAGAUGAUAAAUGCUAUAUUUGUCAUUUGUCUCCUAAUAAAGACUCCAGAACAAGCUCCCACAGAAAUUCCAUGACAAGGUGUGACCAGACCUCAGUCAAAUUUCUAAAGAGUAUCUACAUUUGUGUUUUUGUUGAGAGCAGUACUAAAAUAAGUUCCCCCAGCUGUCCCCACUUGCUGUGUGUUGGCUUGCAUCACAGUGUGCUGUCAAUAUACAGAAUCUGACUUUCUUUUGAAUGAAGUUCUGCACCAGAUGCCCACCUAGUGAACACUAAGUCCUCGUGGGAAUAGGAGGCUCCAAACCAGCGAGUGAAUUCACUGCCAUGAAAUUUUAUGGCAUGUGUGGAACAUGCAUGCACCAACAAAAUAUGUUUUCUGAGGCUUCCUUUUCAGUUUUGGAUUAGGGUUUCCGGGUUUGGCCAUUUGACAUGAGAAAAAACUAUGCAAGGAAAAAAAGAAAAACAUCAAACAUAAAAAAGCAAAAAAUUUUCUUAGUCUUCUUUUUCUGGAGUAAAACAAAAACAUCUGAUCCAAGCUGCUUCUGACAAUCUUAGCUGCUAACUUUCCUUUUGUUCAAUUAAUGGAAUUCUCCCCAGUUCUUCACAGAGCUACAUUUUAUUCACAUCUUAGAAAAGUUUCAGGGCUUCCUAUUUGGGUGUCCUACUUAAAACCCACACAGACAGUGAAUAGUUUCUCACAAGAACUCUGGAUGGAGCAAUUUUUGUUAGUUCCUAGCUCACCUUUGUGAUUGCCAUGGUACAAGAGUCAUGUCAGUGCUCAUGUUGCCAGUUGGUUACCUAACUACAAAAGCUAACAAGAGUUAGAAGUUCCCAUCUGAAAAAGCACACUUAAUAUAUUGGUUUUGCCAGAAUAAAUUUGAUUGCAAUUAUUACAACUAACCAGAAUACAGAGAAAAACACCAACACCCUGUGAUGGCAAACCCAGCCUUUUACUCAACAGCCAUUUAGAAAGAGAAAUGUUAAUCAAGUGCCUCUGAGGAAGAGUUUUACCAAUUCCCCAUUUUCACUUUUAUUUUUACUUCACCUAUUACAGUGUAUCCUUAAUCAUCCUAAAAAGUCCUUCAUCUUCUCAUUUUUGCUGUGUUCCUCGUUAUUUCCUGUAAUUUUAUUUUCUGAUGAUUUAUAAAUUUAAUAAAACACAUGUAAAUAGUUACUAUAGAUAAUGCAGUCGAACUUCAUUAAAAAAAUGCAGGAAAUUAUAAUAGCAUUAUAGUGCACCAGAGUGGAAAGACAUUUACUGCUGUUCUGUAUUCCUGCUUUUCUGAAAAAAUACUUAUUAUCCAAAAGUACAUCUUAAAAUAUCAUAUCCAAUCAUAUAUGGGCUUAUGUCACACCAACAAUUAAUCUGUUUGCAUCUUUAAAUUCAAUCUUGUACUCAGACUGAGCUCUGCACCUAUAUUAACUAUCUUUAGGCCUCUCAGCAGCCAUUCUGCUUCCUUUAAUUCAGAUUACUUUAUUGUGAAACUUCAGUACCACCUACAGAAUUUUAUCCAAGAUUUGUUCACUAUCUAAAUUGUGACUAAAAGGUAUAAUACUUGUAAAAAAAAAUGUUCUUCUGACCUUACAAAGCAAUUUAGUACACUGUAUCUAAAUAGUUUGUGUAUUUACCAUACAUUCACUCGAUGAAAAACUUAUAUACUAGUCUUUUGACAUAGAUGUUCUGUAGGAAAUAGCAAUAGUAUUCAACAUUGUGUUAUGUGGGUCAGGCACAAAUGAAGAGUACAAGGUCACAUCAUGAGAGGGAUAACACUUGCUGGAGCUGUAAGACAGAAACAGUUGUUGCCACUUAUUCCCCAAUGUUAUGACUUUUGUCAGUGUUGUUCAACCUUUCCAGCAGAUGAUAUAAGUACAUUUACAGCACCAUUCCCUGUGAACCUGCUUUACUGAAGAGGCCUGUUUUUCCAAAGGGACAUGUUUUGAGAUGCUCAGUCCUGCUGGGUCCAGUUCCACUGGUUUCAAAGGUUUUGGAGUCUGUAUCAAAGGCUAUCUUGCUAGAUGUUUCACCUCUAACACUAUUGUCCAAGCAAUCAUGCAAAAUAUCCUUUUCUGCAGGUAAAUUUGCUUGGAGGCUUACGGGAUGCCUAGAAUUGCUGAGAUCAAAAGUCUGUUUAAAGUGCUGUCCAGGGAAAGAUCAUGACUCUGCUAAGACAGAGGCCAGUGCAUUCUGACACUGGUGUGGUCCCAGGGAAGGCAGUGCCAACCCAGAUCAGGGCAAAGAGGCAUGAAGAUUCAGUCAUCGUCUGUAUGUGCAAUGUUUGCUUUAUUAGUGACACUGACAGGGAUACUAUGACUUUGUGGACUGAUGGCAAUACCUAUAAUUCCCUGGGGUACAGACUGUGAGGCAAAAGCCCCAAACAGCUGUACACAAAGCCAUCCAUGGACAGCUGGGAAGCUAUGUCAAAUAAGGCUACAGCUGAGCUCAAUUAUAUAUUUGAUAAUUGUCAUCUAGAAUUGUAAGAUCCACCUUGAUGGCUGCCAAAAACUGAUCAUCUGUUAAGCAAUAGGAGGCAGGGGUUGGCUGUCAACAGAGCACUAGCAAAUGUGGGGCUCUAACAGUGGCAUACAGGCACUGGGACAGGGGUGACAGGUCCUCACAAGUGAUUAUUCCCAUGCAGAAAUUUGAGAUACCCUAUCUAUUCUCCUAGGCAGGAAGGACAAUGGGGUGCCACAAGAAUAAUACUGUACUGUCUUUCUGCCUUCAUCUAAGGAAAGGUGGUGGGAAGUCUCCUGGAUCCGUGUGGCCCCAGCAUGGCAUGCUGCUAGCAGAGCCUGAUGUGGGAGAAUGCAAGGACACGUGCAUAACUGGGGAGCUCCAGUGCCCCAGGUGAGAUAUGCUGCCCUGGCACUGGGAACAAACAUUGGCCACAGGCUCUGGCACUCUUGAAAUACCUGACUGAGCAAGCCCUAGCCUGGACACCAGCACAAAACCCAUGGGAAUCACUGUCACUUGUGGGCAGAUAGAAGGGGAUAGGGGAGGCGAGUAUGCUUAAAUAAAGCCGCCUCUGCCCUGUCACCAUGCACAGGCAUAGGGUGUGAAAUCAGGUGACUCAACUGUGGGGAGGGGAUUAUACCCCUGUUUUCUCCAGUUCAUUUGCGUGGAAAGGAGUCAGAUCUAGCUGUGUACAGGAUCUCUGUCUGUGGAACAAAGUCCGAGUUCACAAAUGUUUAAGUGGCCAUUUUCUCUGUUUGCACUCAAGGCUGCUGUGCAGAGAAUAAGCACACAGUGCAUUAAGAUGUCUGUAACAGUGCAAGACAACUGAGCCAAGCUGAGCAAUUUCGCAGCCAUUUCAACAUGAUUCUCCUCUGAAAAUCUCAAACAUCUUCAAUACAGGAAAAAAAAAAAAAAAAAGUAAGCAGCUUUACUUAAUGGGAAAAGCAAAAGCUUUAAGCAAAGAAUUCUUUUUAAUGAGCUAAAUAUCACCUCAUACUG